UUUUUACUUUUUGAACUAAAAAAAGAAUUAAUAAUGCAAAGCAAUAAUCUUAGAAGAUUUAUAAUGUUAGUUUCUGGUUAAGAGUCAAUUUUGGGUAGCGCAAGUAUUGUGACAGAAAUAGACACUAAAAUCUCUAAGGAGAAUAGUAUUUUCCUACUGCCAACGGAAACACACUAUUGUGGUCAACCAAUAAGACUUUUAUGUGCUAUAUCAGAUUUUCAAGACAAGUUGUAUUCAUUCAUCUCUCAGCCUCCCUCUCUCUCUCUCCCUCUUUCUCUCUCUCUCUCUCUUUUGUUAGAGUUGAUUUUUUCCAUUUCUUUGAGAUAAAAAGUUAAGGCCCACCAGUUGCCGUAUGUGGGAUUUCCAGAGUGUUUUUAGUAGGCAAAAUUUCACAUAUAAAUCCCUCUUUAGCUUUUAAAAGAAAAAAAUAAUUUGGGGAUUUUAUAAAUUAAGAGCAAAAACACAAAAUUAAGUCUUUACACUUGAUGGAACAACCCAUCCCAAAUUCAACAACACAAAAAAAAUUAAAAUCGGCCCAACUGUUUGCCUCACAUACCCGCCCAUAUUCAAUUUGUUAUUACAUAUAAAGCACUAUAAGGGUUUCCUAAAUUCAUUUCCUUGUUCUCCGCCGCAACAGCCCUAUUUCAGCGAAGAAAUGGUGACCUUCUCCUUGUUGAAUCCUUACUUCUGCCGAUACGUGUUGUGGAUCAUUAAUGUUGUGCCAUGGAUGAAUGCUGCUGCUGCUUGUACCAGCUCUCAGACUGUGUUCUCCGGUGGAUGGGAUAAUUCUCAUGUUUUUGAGCUGUAUUUAGGGAUCCAGGUCCCUGAAUGGUAUUCCAGAUCCAAUUACAGUCGGUAUGGAGAUAAUGGGAUGCUCGGAACCGUAAGUAAUUGGACUGUAAUGCUUCUUUCAGGUGUAACAAUUGCAAGAAUCUCACAUGACCCUCCCCUUUUGUUGCAAGUCCUUUUUGAUGACUGACAUAAAUUAGGCCAGCAGGCUUGUUCACAUUUUUUGUUGCCUCUCUAAAUUGUAAAUAUUUUCUUGUGAAUUAUCAACUCUGUAAGCUGUAGCCUACUCAGCCUGUUUAUUCUCUUGUUGCUACCAGUCUUAUGUAUGGACAUUGGAGCUUAUCACUGUUAAGUAUCUUUUCACCUG